AUGGAUUCUCAGCAAAUUUACGACCGAGUCAGCGCGCACUAUAGCGCCGCCUCUCAAGGAAUGACUGCUGAAUAUGGGAGUGCCAUCGCAAAGUCCUUCGGGUACUCUGACGAGGAACUCUCAAGUGCCCCUGAGGGAUCUAAUCUCGGCCUUAGCUGCGGGAACCCUCUCGCUAUCUCUAGUAUUAGUGAGGGCGAGACGGUAAUUGAUCUUGGAAGCGGAGCUGGUUUUGAUGCUUUCCUCGCCGCCAAUAGGGUUGGGCCGUCUGGGAAGGUCAUCGGUGUCGAUAUGAACAAGGAUAUGCUCGCUAAAGCCAACAAAAUCAAGGCCGAAACUGAAAAGACCAAUGUCGAGUUCAUCAAGUCGGGCAUCACAGACAUGUCAGUCCUCGAAUCCGAAAUUGCUGACUGCAUCAUCUCCAACUGCGUCAUAAAUCUUGUCCCUGCUACAGAAAAGCAUCUAGUUUUCAGAGAGAUAUUCCGUCUCCUAAAGCCUCAGGGCCGUCUUGCGAUCUCGGAUAUCCUCGCCAAGAAGCAGAUGCCCGAUAAGCUCAGAUCUGAUAUAGCUCUAUAUGUUGGAUGCAUUUCGGGGGCAAGUGUGGUUAGUGAAUACGAGGAAUUCCUUAAAGAUGCAGGUUUUAGAGAAAUUCUCAUUACCGACACGAAGAGUGAUCUGAAUGUCUAUCUUCAAACCAACGAGGACGGUUCAAAGAAGACAGAGUGUUGUAUCCCAACAAAGGUGGAAAAAGAAGAAACUAGGUGCUGCGAGCCUUCAAGUGAGGUUUGCUGCGAACCUGAAUUAUCUUCUCCUUGUUGCACGACGAACUGCUGUGCAUCAGAGAAUAACUAUGUCAGCCUCACAGAGAGUGACCUAAAUAAGUGGGCUGGAUCGUUCAAAGUCUACGCUGUGAAGAAUUGA